AACAUGAUAUUCUAUCUGAUGAAUGGGUAUCAUAUGGAAGCUGCAACUGGGUCAACCAUUUUGUUCACUUGGUCUGCUUUUUCCAAAUCCUUGGCCGUUUUUGGAGCUCUUCUCUCUGAUUUUUACCUGGGUCGGUUUAGGGUCAUCGCCUUUGGGUCCUUCUCUAGCCUUCUUGGGAUCACACUACUCUGGUUAACUGCCAUGAUUCCAUGGUUGAAACCUCCCCCAUGUAACCAAUUGAAUGAUAAUUGCAACUCUGCAACACCAGCCCAACUUGCUGUCUUAUUGACUUCUCUUGGGCUAAUCUCAGUUGGAGCUGGCUGCAUCAGACCUUGUUCGAUAGCCUUUGGUGCAGACCAAUUACACAAUAAAGAAAACCCCGAUAAUGACAGAGUCUUGCAAAGCUUCUUCAAUUGGUAUUAUUCUUCCAUUGGAGUAUCAACAGUGAUAGCUUUAACAUUUAUAGCAUACAUUCAAGAUCACUUGGGAUGGAAAUUCGGGUUUGGAGUUCCUGUAAUUCUCAUGGUCUUCUCUUCUCUCAUGUUUGUCCUUGGCUCGUCUCUUUACAUCAGAGUGAAGCCUGGCAAGAACUUGCUUACUGGAUUUGUUCAAGUUUUAGUGGUGGCGUUUAAGAACAGAUGCCUAACUCUUCCAACUGAUUCUGUUGGAUAUUACAAUCACAGCAGUGAUCCCAAAUUCCUUGCUCCGACUAGUGAGUUAAGGUGCCUGAACAAAGCUUGCAUAAUCAGGGAUCCCAACAGAGACUUGAACUCAGAUGGGUCGACUUCAAAUCCAUGGAGUCUUUGUUCAGUGGAACAAGUAGAGUCAGUCAAAUCUCUUCUCAGAGUCAUUCCCCUAUGGUCCACAGGUAUCAUGAUCCUAAUGAGCAUGGAGCAGACUUCAUUUUCCACUCUCCAAGCAAACACCAUGGAUAGACAUAUUACCCCAAAUUUUGAAAUCCCAGCAGGGACAUUUUCAGUGUUCACAAUCGUCACUCUUACAAUAUGGUUACCAGUUUAUGACUGCCUACUUGUUCCCAUAUUGGCAAGAUACACUGGCCAGCUGCGCGGCCUCAGCCCCAAAGUUCGAAUGGGAAUAGGGUUGGUAUUGUCUUGCAUGGCCAUGGCAAUGGCAGCAGCAACUGAAAUGAUAAGACGGAGAAUUGCCACUAAACAAGGGCUAGAAGACCAACCGGCUGCCACAGUGAACAUGUCUGCACUGUGGCUACUUCCACAAUAUGUCCUUCUUAGACUGGCCGAAGCUUUUAAUGGAAUUGGGCAGAAUGAGUUUUAUUACUCUCAGUUUCCCAAGAGCAUGUCAAGCCUGGCAGGGGCUCUUUUCACACUUGGACUGGCUCUAUCUGGCUUAGCAGGAAGUCUCCUGGUGAAUGUUGUGAAUAGUGUGUCACAACCAAAGGAGGGAAAGAAAGCUGGUUGUCAAGCAACCUCAAUAAAGGUCACUUGGAUUAUUAUUAUGGACUGAUUAAUUGCUGUAUUGGGUAUGAUUAACUUCAUUUACUUUCUUGUUUGUUGUCGGUUAUAUGGACCUUGUGAGGAUGAAAAGACUAAACUCUCUGGUGAGGUGGAAG